UGACCUUGACCUUAUGCCGAACACUCGGGAACAGAUCGAAAACUGAAAAUGGAUGCUGUUACAAAGUGUACAAGCAACUUUAGUAUAGAACCUCUGAAAGAACCCAAGGGUUUCAUCAAGGUCAUACAAUGGAUACUGGCCAUCUUUGCGUUUGCCACUACUACCAGUGUGAACACCAAUCUACAGAUCACAGCUAAUAAGUGUCCGGGAGGUGGAAAAGCAAUCAUAGAAUCUGUACAGAUCAGCUAUCCUUUUGACCUAGAGAAAGAAUAUUUCACCACCCCAUUCUGCAACAGAUCCAGUGAUGGAAGUAAUGUAACGACUGUGUUUUUACUGGAGGGAUCAAAAUCUUCCGCGGAGUUCUACGUCUUUUUCGGAGUGAUGGUGUUUUUGUACUGUAUGGCUGCUCUUGUUGUGUACCUGUUCUUUGAGGAAUUGUAUCGCAGAAGCAAUGUCUGGGCUAUUGUGGACUUUGUGAUCUCUGCGGUGAUAACCCUCCUCUGGCUGAUCGCGUCCUCAGCCUGGGCCCAGGGUCUGGUCAACCUAAAGUACUACACGGACUUUAAAGACUCCGGAAUGUUUGAGCGACUACCAGAGUGUAAGGCCGGUGUGGGUUGCGUUCAGACGGCGACUCCGAAUUUCGGAAGUCUAAAUGCCUCAGUGAUAUUUGGUUUCCUUAACAUGGUUGUCUGGGCUGGUAACCUCUGGUUCCUUUACAAAGAAACUCCUUGGUUUGGAGGAAACAAGUCGGAAAAUCCCCCACAAACUGGGUCACCUCAGGGACAAGACCCUCAGAGAAUCUAGGGGGAUAGAAAACUGAACCCAUAGGUAGAAUCAAAUUAUGUGCUGAACUGUUUGUAUGAUGUAUUGGUCAAAGUGUAUAAGUGCUAAUCUAUGUAUGGAUUAUAACGAUAAUAUUUUCAACAGAUUUAGAUAAACAAUACAUUUAUAUAUUAAAAACAAAGAUCCAGGAUUUUUUAUAUUUGGAAGAGAGGUACCCACUUCAGCUCUCAAAAUAUUUUUAACCCAAAGUAUUCUAAACAUGCACAAAAUUAAUUAACAAAGAAGUUUUUUAUGCAAAAUGAAUAAUAUAUUGGAAGGAAUAACUUUAAGGCCCAAACACAUUAUAAAUAAAACCAACCUAUUUUUGGGGGGUUUUGUUCAUCAUAUUUUUAUGAAAUGAUAAAUCUGAAGCCUAUUUUCAUUAUAUUGACAUCAAUGUAUUUAGUGCUGAAAGUCAAAAAGGGUGAGGGGGGUUUGAAAACCGCCUUGCUAAUUAAAGACAAUUUUGCCUCCAUAGAAAUAUAGCUAGCAACAUAUAUUUUAGGUUUGAUAAACUUUUUUUGGCAGAUUUUUUUUAAGUUAGCUGGGAAUAAGUGAUAUUUUAAUAUGCAGAUUUCUCCAUUCCUUACAAUAUGUACCUAGGAUGUAUAAAUGAUGUACUUGGUGCAGAAUGUUAAACAUUGCAUAUGUUCAUAAUGAAUGGUCAAAUUUACUAGCUGAAUGCUUGUACCAGGUCGAAUAAUAUUUUGUUUUUAGCAGACGUGUCACGAAUGUUUAAUGGAAUAACUCUCACAGAUGAACUUUGUAAAUGAGGAGUGAAUAUUUAUGUUCAUUGAUCUAUAAGAAUAGCAAAGUAUCAUGACAAUUUUGUAAACUUGCAAAGUUAUGUUUUUUAGAUUGGAAGCUCCUAUCAUUUGUAUAUUUUGAUUGCAGUGUCAGGGAAAGGUAGACUGUUGUGUUUUAUUCAUUCUAACUAUUUGGUUGAGUUUUGAAAUCCUGCUGAGUGAAAUCCAGUGUAGAAUCAGUAAAAGUUUGAUGAAAGCUUCAUUUAUGUUGUAUAUUCAAGAAAAAAAUAACUGUUUUCCCUCUUUUUCUUAAGACCGUAAUAAUUAAGUGCCAUUGUCAUCAAGACUAACCAUGAUAUCUGUUGCAUUCAUUCUCAGGUAUUACUUAAUGUCUCUCCCAAAUUAAGAUAAUUGAAAUCUCUGUUCUCCUCAUUUUUCCCACGUAAAAUGAUCCAAGUAGUUGUUCCAUUGUGAGCACCAUUAAGAUUGGUGAACAUUAGAUCUGUCACAAGAUCUGUGUGUUAGUUUGCUGUUUGUAUUUAUUGUCCAUAUAAACGUGUUAGUCCACAUUUUGUUUGUGUGAAACAAGUUGAUGCAUUUCUUCAUUCAUGUGCUUAUAUGAAGUGGCUAGAAAAUAUUAAGUCAAUAUAGUUAUGGUUAUAUAUAUUUAUAUUUUUUAUUUGUAUAAAAUUAGUGUUAAGUUUUCUAUGCACUUUUUGUUUAUUUAAUUAUAUCUAGCUUUGAUUUUCUGUAUUUUUUUGUUUUUUUGUUUUCAUAUUAACACAGUUUUUUUUACAGGGUUAAAGCAUUGUAAAAAUGGUGUGUUUAAUCAAAGUAUGAAGAUUUGGUUUAGAGAAUUUUAUUGGUGUUUUUGGCAGUGUUAUGCAAAUUAAUAGCAAAUAGCUUGUACCUUUUGUUUCAAUUUACUCAAAGUAGAGGUUUUUUUUUUCAUUUUUAUUACCUUAUUUUCUUAUGUGUGUUAUUUUUUCACUUUUUUUCUUAAGGCCUUUGCCAACAAAAUAUUCUGUUGAUAGUUUUUUUUCUGUUUAAUUUCAUAUUUUCUGAAAUUACAUUAGUUGUUUAACGUUUUUGUUUUUAAUAUUAAUUUUGAUGCCAAGGUAUGUAAAUUUCAAAGAACUUCUUUGAUGUGGAAGUAAUUUCCCCCAUCUUGUGUCUAAGACUUAAAAAGAGUAAUAGUCUCAUUUUAUUUUGGAGUGUAGAAUCCUACUUGCAAAAUAGAUAUUAGAAACAGAUUUUUUAUUUCCCAUUGCAUAUCAUAAACAUUCCAUCAUUGGCAGGUAUUUUAUUGUGUGGCGAAUUGGAGUAGUAUUUCUGUCCCAUUAAAAACUAGUUAUAUUAUUAGGGAAAAAGAAAAUUUUAAAGCAAUCUGAACAAUAGAAAUAAAAAUAGAAUGGUUGCAAAGAAGACGUAAUAAUUCAUGCCUUUGUUUACCUUGAUGCAUAUGUAUACAUGUAUUUAAUUGUAAGAAGAUCCUAGUUGGUUAUUAUUCACAAUUUUAAAAUUCCAAGUGAACGUCAUCUGUAUCGUAAUAUUAUUUUGGGAUUUUUCUAGACAAUGAUAUAUAUCAGAAUUAUUUAUUAUUAAUUCACGUUGCUUUAUUAAAUGGAUAUGGCUAUUAAACUCCUUAGUAGAU